UUCUUUUUUUUUGGCCAAUUCCCUUUGGCUUUUUCAGGUCCCUUCUGCUCUAACGACUGCAUUUCAAUUCCGCCAGCUCUUUCUAUUUUUUAUUCCCAAAAAAUCCUUUUAAUAAUUAUUUUAAUUUUAUUCUUAAAUUAAUUCCAUAACAAAUUUUAUUUGAACCCUCUUCGUCAGAUCCAAACCGUUUCCUUUUUCUUUCUUUUUUUUUUCCUUUUUUUCUGUUUUAAAAUUUCUGAUUAAGCCCAAACCAAAACAGAAAAAACAAGAACAACAACAACAAGAAGCUCAUUUUUUUCUCGGAAAACAACUUUGAAACAUUUUUUUUUUUUGGUUUUGAAAGGUUUGUUUCUCAACAACCUUAAUCUCUUGUAAGAUUUUUUUUUUAAAUUUUCGUUUUUAAAAGCUGCUGCUUUUCUUUCUCGUUCGUCUUUUUUUUUUUUUUUUGUUAGCAAAUGCUAGUUCCCUCACAGUUUCGAUUUCCGUUUCUUUUAACAAAAUCCGAAACGUUUCAAUCGUCUUCUUUUUUUUUUUUUUUCUCCUCAAAAUUUCUGCUGUUUCGAUCUUCUUUUAACUUUUUUAAUGCGAGUUUAGCAAAGAAAUUAAUUUGAAUUUCUAAAAGAAAGCACUUUUUUUUGGGGUUCGUUUUAGGGUUUCUUUUUGUUCCUUUCAAAAAUGAUGUUAUCGGCGUCGCCGACCACUUUAGCGAAAAGUUCGCUGGAAGAAAUGUUAGAGUCUCUCCGGCGACGAGACGAGGCCGAGAAACCCAAAGACUUACCCCCGACUUUACCUUCCCGGCCCACGUCCAAGGCCCGACUUCCCUCGGUUCGCCGGUCCCUUCCAACGAACUUCAAAGUCGAUGAAAAUGGAGGCAAAUGCGGUGAAAACGGUGGAAUUUUAAGUGAAGUGAAAGGGAAAGAGGAGGGGAAAAGAAAGGAAAAGGAGUUAGGAGUGAAGAGGAAUAGUUUUGGGAGCAAGAAAAUGAGGAAAGAUGAGAAUGUGGAUUCACCCUAUAAUUUGGAGGCAGUGAAGGGGAAAAAAGGGGAGGAAAGGCAGGGAGAAAUUAGGGUUUCGGAGUCGAAAAUUGAGGUGAAGGAAGGAGGGAAAGGGAAAGUGGAGUGGGAAGAGAAUGAUAAUAUUGGGUAUUUUAUUAAGAAAAAACUUCUUGUUUGGUGUCGGCAAUCCAAUGGGGUAUGGGGAUUUGGAACUAUACAAUCUACAUCAGGAGAGGAAUCAUUUGUCUCCCUUGCCAAUGGAAAUGUUGUAAAAGUCUCUACGAGGGAGCUCUUACCUGCAAACCCAGAAAUUUUGGAGGGUGUGAAUGAUCUCAUGCAGCUUAGUUAUUUGAAUGAGCCAUCAGUUCUUCACAAUCUUAAAUACAGAUAUUCUUGUGAUAUGAUAUAUAGUAAAGCAGGUCCAGUUUUGAUUGCAGUCAACCCGUUCAAAGAUGUCCAAAUUUAUGGGAAGGAUUUUGUCACGACUUAUAGACAGAAAGCUACAGACAGCCCUCAUGUUUUUGCUAUAGCAGACACUGCUUAUAAUGAGAUGAUGAAUGAUGGAGUAAAUCAGUCCAUAAUCAUAAGUGGGGAAAGUGGAGCUGGGAAAACUGAGACUGCAAAAUUUGCAAUGCAGUACCUAGCUGCCCUUGGAGGUGGCAAUGGUGGGAAAGAGUGUGAAAUCCUUCAGACAAAUUAUAUACUUGAAGCAUUUGGGAAUGCAAAGACAUCUAAGAAUGACAAUUCUAGCAGAUUUGGGAAACUUAUUGAAAUUCAUUUUACUGCAGUGGGGAAAAUUUGUGGUGCCAAGAUUCAAACAUUUCUUCUGGAAAAGUCAAGAGUAGUUCAGCUGGCCACUGGUGAAAGGUCUUACCAUAUCUUUUAUCAACUUUGUGCUGGUGCUCCGCCAACUCUAAGAGAGAGACUGAAUCUUAAAAUGGCUAAUGAGUACAACUAUCUUGCCCAGAGUGACUGCUUGGUGAUUAAUGGUGUUGAUGAUGCUCAGAAAUUCCAUAAGCUUAUGGAGGCCUUAGACAUUGUUCAAAUUUGCAAAGAAGAGCAAGAGCAAGCAUUUGCAAUGCUUGCUGCAGUACUAUGGCUGGGAAAUAUAUCAUUUCAAGUAAUUGACAAUGAAAAUCAUGUGGAGGCAUCAGCUGAUGAAGCUUUAACCAUUGCUGCCAGGCUGAUGGGUUGUGCACCACAUGAACUGAUGCAAGCAUUAUCUACCCAUAGAAUCCGAGUUGGCAAGGAUAGUAUUGCUAAAAAAUUGACAUUGCAACAGGCAAUUGACACAAGAGAUGCAUUGGCAAAAUUCAUCUAUGCAAGCUUGUUUGACUGGCUUGUGGAACAAAUCAACAAGUCACUUGAAGUGGGCAAACAGCACACUGGCAGGUCCAUAAGCAUUCUUGAUAUUUAUGGCUUCGAGUCAUUUAAGAAGAAUAGCUUUGAACAGUUUUGUAUAAAUUAUGCAAAUGAGAGGUUGCAACAACACUUCAACCGGCACCUAUUUAAGCUUGAGCAAGAGGAAUAUGAGUUGGAUGGGAUUGAUUGGACUAAAGUUGACUUUGAAGACAACCAAGAGUGCUUGGACUUAUUUGAGAAGAAACCGUUAGGGCUACUUUCCUUACUGGAUGAGGAAUCAAAUUUCCCCAAUGCAACUGAUUUGACCCUUGCUAAUAAGUUGAAGCAGCACCUGAAUGCUAAUUCUUGCUUCAAAGGAGAUAGAGGCAGGGCCUUUGGUGUUCGACAUUUUGCAGGAGAGGUACUCUAUGAUACAAAUGGCUUUUUGGAAAAGAACCGAGAUCCACUGAACUUUGAGUUAGUCCAACUUCUAUCAUGCUGUAAUGGUCAAUUGCCACAAUUGUUUGCCUCCAAAAUGCAUAACCAAUAUCUGAAACCAGCAACUUCAUUGGAUGCUCCAAAGCAAAGUGUUGGUACAAAGUUAAAGGGCCAACUCUUCAAGCUAAUGCACCAGUUGGAGAAUACAACACCUCACUUUAUUCGCUGCAUAAAACCGAAUUGCAAGCAGCUCCCUGACAUGUAUGAAGAGGAUCUUGUCUUGCAACAGCUUAGAUGUUGUGGAGUUUUGGAGGUUGUUAGAAUCUCAAGAUCUGGAUAUCCUACUCGAAUGACACAUCAGGAGUUUGCAGAAAGGUAUGGAUUCCUACUGUUGGAGACCAAUGUAUCACAGGAUCCAUUAAGUAUUUCAGUUGCAGUUCUUAAACAAUUUAAUGUCCUUCUUGAAAUGUAUCAAAUUGGCUAUACCAGACUGUAUCUUCGAACUGGGCAGAUUGGUGCAUUGGAGGAUAGGAGAAAACAGGUGUUGCAAGGAGUAAUUGAGGUUCAGAAAUACUUCCGUGGCCAUCGAGCUCGUCGUCUUUUCCAUGAGCUUAACAAAGGAGCAAAAAAUAUACAAUCAUUUGUCUGUGGUGAAAAUAUUCGAAGGAAGUAUGCUAUUGAAGCAAAUAGUUGCUCAGCAUUUACUUCCCAAUUGCUUGAUGAGCAGUUGACUUCAGUCAUAUAUUUACAAUCUGUAAUCCGUGGGUGGUUGGCCCGGAGACAUUUGAAACAGUUGCAUAAUUUGAAACAGUUGAACCGUGAAAGUGGAAAAUCUAGACGAAAGAUGGGUAGAAAGAUUUCUGAAGCAAAGGACAUACCAAAUGAGCAACAGAUUCAAGUUCUGCCUUCAGUAAUGGCAGAGCUUCAAAGAAGGGUUCUCAAGGCAGAAGCAACUUUGGGGCAAAAAGAACAGGAAAAUGCCACAUUACGGGAGCAAUUACAACAGUAUGAGUCAAGGUGGUUGGAGUACGAGUCAAAAAUGAAAUCAAUGGAGGAGAUGUGGCAACUGCAAAUGGCAUCACUGCAAAAGAGUCUUGCUGCAGCCAGAAAAAGUCUUGCUGCUGACAGUACCGCUAGUCAGCUAGGAAGAGUUGAUAUGACGUCAUCUUACUGUUAUGAUUCUGAAGAUAAUGUGUCCCCGAGAUCUCGAACUCCUGGUGGGAAUACACCUGUCUUAUUUUCGAGUGCUAUGCCUGAUGUUGGGGGGAGAGAAAAUGGUUUGAGCAAUCUGGUAAAGGAAUUGGAGCAGCAGAAACAAACUUUUGAUGAUGAUGAAAAAUCCUUGAUUAACAACAGAAAUGCCCGGCCUGCUUCUAAUAUGAAUCAUGUUGAUGAACUUCGGAGAUUAAAACUCAGGUUCGAGACAUGGAAGAAAGAUUACAAGAUGAGAUUAAAGGAAGCUAAGGCAAGGCUACAUAAGCGUGGGCAUCCAGAAUCAGACAAAGCUAGAAGAAAAUGGUGGGGGAAGCUAGGUUCAAAAGCGCUACAGAAUUCCGGUUUGAAAUGAUCAUCUUGGGUUGGUCUAAACAAUUCGGAGAUUGUUGCCAAAAUGCCCGCCUGCUUCCCUUCUCAGGGGCAGUUACUUUACAUUUCCGGCAACAAAUAUAAAUGUUUCUAUAUUCCAUGGGCAGCAAGGGUGAUAUCGUAUUUGUAUAUCUACCGAUUUUUGUUCCUUGGUGAGAGGAAUUAUUAUGUGCAUAUACAAAUAGUUGUCGAGAGUUGGAACCGAUUUCUUCGUUGAAUUGGUUUAGUCUGUGUAUAUUCUGUUGUCAGUGAUGUAAGAUCCAACUUUGUAGUUCCUUGUAUACGGCUGAAAUGAGAAAUGUUCAUAUGCCUUACUCCAGAUUAUUUGGUUAUGGA